GCGGCGGGGGCCGAGCCGCGGGCGCCCAAUCAGCGCGGCGCGGGGGCUCGGGCGCUUUAAGCGCGGCGGCGGCCGAGCGGGGACAAAGUCCCCCCGGCGCCGCGACGAGCAUCCCCACUCCGGGGCCGGGACCGGGAUCGGGAUCAGGAUCAGGACCGGGACCAGGACCAGCACCGCGCCCGGCGGGCGGCUCCCCGCCGCCGCGAUCCCGCGGGGUGCCCGCAGCCGCCUCCUCCUCUUCCUCCUCCUCCUCCUCCUCCUGCCGCCGCCGCCGCCGCGCCCGGCCAUGUCGAUGCUGCCGUCGUUUGGCUUCACGCAGGAGCAGGUCGCCUGCGUCUGCGAGGUGCUGCAGCAAGGGGGGAACCUGGAGAGGUUGGGCCGGUUCCUCUGGUCGCUGCCGGCCUGCGACCACCUGCACAAGAACGAGAGCGUCCUGAAGGCCAAGGCGGUGGUGGCCUUCCACCGCGGCAACUUCCGCGAGCUCUACAAGAUCCUGGAGAGCCACCAGUUCUCCCCCCACAACCACCCCAAGCUGCAGCAGCUCUGGCUGAAGGCGCACUACGUGGAAGCCGAGAAACUGCGGGGCAGACCCUUGGGCGCCGUCGGCAAAUACCGCGUCCGCCGAAAAUUCCCUUUGCCCCGCACCAUCUGGGACGGCGAGGAAACCAGUUACUGCUUCAAGGAGAAAUCCCGGGGCGUGCUGCGGGAAUGGUACGCCCACAACCCCUACCCGUCCCCCCGGGAGAAGCGGGAGCUGGCGGAAGCCACCGGUCUCACCACCACCCAGGUCAGCAACUGGUUCAAGAACCGGAGGCAGCGGGACCGAGCGGCGGAGGCCAAGGAAAGGGAGAACACGGAAAACAACAACGCGGCCACCAACAAACCGAACCAACUCUCGCCUCUGGAUGGGAGCAAACCCCUCAUGUCCAGCUCCGAGGAAGAGUUUUCUCCUCCCCAAAGCCCGGAUCAGAACUCGGUCCUGCUCUUGCAGGGGAACCUCAGCCACGCCAGGAGCUCCGGCUACUCCCUGAGCGGCUUAGCCGCGUCCCAGACCCCUCACAGCCUCCAAGGCCACCAGCUCCAGGACUCGCUGCUGGGACCCCUCACGUCCAGCCUGGUGGAUCUGGGAUCCUAAAGGCCGGCAGCGGGCAGCCGGAGGAUCGGGAGAGGAGGUUCUGCUCGGGGACAGAGGCUCUGGGUUGUACAUAGAGGACAGCACCCGGGUUUACAGCUCACUCGCUGAUUCUUGACGGGACUCUCGGCUCUUUCACACAACCCCACAUCGGCUCCUGGUCCAGUUCCCCCGCCAGCGUCUCCCACUAUCACCACGAUUUUUAAUUUUUUUUUUUCCACGUAGCCAAAUGCAGAGAGCGGCAGAAACCCUCAGCCCUUCGAGUUCAAACGAGCCGGUCCCAGUGGGAAUUACAAAAAAGAAAAAAAAAAGAGAGAAAAAAAGGAAAAAAAAAUCCCAGUCCCAGCUGGAUCUGAUUCCACCGAAAUAAAUCGCAGCGCCGCAGGCGCGGUGGGGCGGGGGUGGCCGGGUCCCCCAGCCUCUGCCCGGCCGGGUCCCCGCGGGGCCGGCGAGGAGCUGGGACGGAGGCAGAGGGAGUGAAACGCUGUACCGAGCCCGGUGUCGUAGCGGGAGGAGGGAGGGGAAGUUACGUUUACAGUUUUCAUAUUUAGACGUACCAGAAAGAUUUCGAUGUAGUUUAAAUUUAAAAAAAAAUAAAAGAAAAAAAAAGUAAAAAAGAAGGGGGCAAAAGCUGCAGUAUUAGGAUUUUAACAAGUGCCUAUGUCUUAUUGCGGCUGUGCGAGGCAGUCGGUGAGCCAGCUCCCGUGGGCCCGAGGUCCCCGGCGUCCUUCUCCUCCGGGGUGAAGUUCAUCGAUGUGGCUAAAAAUGAGGAUAAUAAUAAUAAUAAUAAUAAUAAUUCGACGGCCGUUUCCUCCUGAACGAGUAUUCCUCAGGCUGCCCCGCCAGCUCCGCGUUGCCUUCUCUGUCCGUCCCUGCUCGCCGCCUUCCUCCUUCGGCUUGCAGACAGCCCGCGGACGACGCUGUCUGUCUCGAGUAUUUGUUACCAUAAAAAAAAAAAAUCGCAUGUGCUUUCAGGUUUAUUUUCUAUUGUACCUAAACAGUCUAAAUUAAACCGCGCUGAUGGCAGAACACCCAGGCUGCGCUUU